AUGGCUAGCUGGAUCGCCGUGACUCUUUUCUUAAUUGUAAGGAUUAUGCUCAUCAUUAAAGAGGCAGCAUCAGAUUGCGAACCACCCUGUGCAUCAGAUCAGAUACAAGGAGCAGUUGGAACACAGGAACCAUCAGUAGCAAGUCGUGGUGCAGAUGGAACUAAUGUACAAGGAGGAUCUGGAUCUGGAUUAGGUGCAGGAGCAAGAGUAGGUGGAGGAUCUGGUGUAGGUAAAGGACCUGUAGCUGUUGGAGGAUCUGGAGUUGUUCAAGGAUCUGGAGGACCUAGAGUUUUAGGAGGAUCUGGAGCAGGUGGAGGAGUUGGAAUAGAUCGAGGACAUAACACCGGUGGGGUACCUGGAGUUGUUGGAGGAUCUGGAUUCGUCGGGGGAUCUAGGGUUAUUGGAGGACCUGUAGGAUCUGGAGUAGGUGGAGGAGUUGGUAUAAAUCAAGGUCGUAACACCGGUGGAGUACCUGCAGUUGUUAGAGGAUCUGGAUUGGUUGGAGAAUCUAGAGUUGUAGGAGGACCUGUAGGAUCUGGAGUAGGUGGAGGAGUUGGCAUAAAUCAAGCACGUAACACUAGAGAAGUACCUGUAGUUGUUGGAGGAUCUAGAGUUGUGGGAGGACCUGUAGGAUCUGGAGUUGGUGGAGGACUUGCUGUAGGAAGAGGAGUUGGAAUAAAUCAAGUACGUAACACCGGUGCUGCACCUGGAGUUAUUGGAGGAUCUGGAUUUGUUGGGGGAUCUAGAGUUGUAGGAGGACCUGCGAGAUCUGGAGUAGUUGGAGGAUUUGGGGUAGGUAGAGGAAUUGGAAUAAAUCCAGGAAAUAGCCCAGGUGGAGUACCUGCACAAGGCAGAGCAUCUGGAGUUGUUGGAGGAUCUGCGGUAGGUAAAGGAUCUGGAAUUGGUGGAGGAUUUCUAGGAACUGGAGCAGGUGGUAGAUUUGGAGCAGUUAGAGAAAUUGGAAUAAAUCCAGGAAAUAACCCAGGUGGAGUACCUAGAGUUGUUGGAGGACCUAGAGUUUUAGGAGGGCCUGUAGGAUCAGGAGCAGGUGGCGGAUUUGUAGCAGGUAGAGGAAUUGGAAUAAAUUCAGGACAGAACACCCGUGGAGUACCUGGAGUUGUUGGAGGAUCUGCAGUUGUUGGAGGACCCAGUGUUGUAGGAGGACCUGUAGGAUCUGGAGCAGCUAGAGGAUUUGGAGCAGCUAGAGGGACUGAAAUAAAUCAAGCAUAUAACACAGGUGGAGUAUCUGGAACUAUUGGAGGAGUUGGAGUUGUUGGAGGAUCUGCAGGCUCUAGAGUUUUUGGUCGAUCAGGUAGAUCUGCACCAGGUGGAGCACUUGUAGUAGGUGGAGGAGUUGGAACAAAUCGAGGACUUAACACAGGUGGAGUACCUGGCGAAGGUAGAGGAUCUGGAGUUAUUCGAGGAUCUGGAGGAUCUACAGUUGUAGGAGGACUUGCAGGAUCUAGAGUAGGUACAGGAUUUACAGCAGGUGGAGGAGUUGGAAUAAAUCAAGCACGUAACACUGCUGGAGUACCUGGAGUUGUUAAUGGAUCUGGAGUUCUUGGAGCACCUGGUGGAUCUAGAGUUGUAGGAGGACCUGGAGGAUCUGCAGCAGGUACAGGACUUGUAGCAGGUGCAGGAAUUGGAACAAAUCGAGAACCUAACACAGGUGGAUUACCUGGAGAAGGAAAAGGAUCUGGAUUAGUCGGAGGAUCUGCAGUAGGUAAAGGAUCUGGUGUUGUUGGAGGAUCUGUAGUAGGAGGAAGAACUGAAAUGCAUCGAGAACUUAACAUAAACGGAAGAGGAGGUGCAUCAGAACAAGGACCCAAAGUUGCAGCUGCAGCUGCACGUUAA